AUGGCUGAAAUGUCUAAAGAUCUCUCACGAACAAGCGCGUCGAUCUUAGAUGAAUAUUGUCGAUACUAUUCUGAUUUUAGUAAAAUAUUAGAUGUCUAUGUGAAACACAUCUAUCCACAAUUUCAUUUCGAAUUUCAACAACUACUCGACGCUUCGUACAAUGUCUGGCAUCGUCUAAGCGACGCGGAUAAAGUUUCUCUAGCAACAUUCGUCGAAGAACUCAAUCGAGAAGGCUGUUCAUCAUUAAGAACGACAACAUGUGAUGCGGCGACACAUUCAGUCUUGAGUCCAAAGUCAUUAGCAUUGAAUACAAGUUCAAAUUCGAAAAUGAGCAAAACAAAUUUUAGCAAGCGUGCUUCAAUCACACCUUUAUAUUUCUUUAUGAGAGACGAACGAAAGAAACUUCGUCAAAGUCAUUCGAACAUAUCGAUGCGUGAGAUCAAUAGACGUCUGUCUGAGCGUUGGCAAAAAAUGUCGAAGCGAAUGAAAUAUAAAUAUGAAUACCGUUCAUAUCUCGCAAAGAAACGUCUGUAUAAGAAGCAAGGUCAAGCAAUUCGAUUGAAAAAGCCCUCUUUUAUUAAACGAAUGUCAUCGAAAACAGUACAAAAACAUGUAAGAAACUCCUCACGAGGUCAUCUUGCCGUUAAAAACAAAUGA